AUGGGUGACGGUGAGGCAGUAAAGUCUGAUUAUCAACAAAGGAGAUGGCACAACGUGAGAAAAGUCUUAGAGAGAUCCGGACCAUUUUGUCAUCCCGAUUUCGAGCCGUCCGCUGAAAUAUUAGAUUUUAUAAUGAAUUCGUGCAAAGUCCUCGUCGUUGGUGCUGGAGGCCUCGGAUGCGAACUACUGAAAGAUCUAGCAUUGAUGGGUUUUAAGAAAAUACACAUUAUUGAUAUGGACACCAUUGAACUUUCAAAUCUCAACAGACAGUUCCUGUUUAGAAAGAAUGAUAUUGGAUUAUCAAAAGCCAAAUGUGCUGUAGAAUUUGUAAAUAAAAGAGUGCCAGGUUGUGAGGCAGUUGCCCAUCACUGUUCUAUUCAAGAUAUGGAUGAAGGAUUUUAUCGUCAAUUCCAUAUCGUAGUUUGCGGUCUAGACUCGAUUGUGGCAAGGCGCUGGUUAAAUGGGAUGCUUAUGUCUCUACUUCAAUAUAAUGAUGACAGAAGUUUAGAUCAGAGCAGCGUUAUCCCAUUAGUGGAUGGAGGUACUGAAGGAUUCAAAGGCAAUGCAAGAGUUAUAUUACCAGGAAUGAGCGCUUGUAUUGAAUGUACCCUAGAUCUGUAUCCUCCGCAAAAAACAUUUCCAUUAUGUACUAUUGCUAACACACCAAGGUUACCGGAGCAUUGUGUGGAAUAUGUGAAAGUACUUCAAUGGGGUAAGGAAAAUCCAUGGGGUUCUUCAACUAUUUUGGAUAGUGAUGAUCCUCAACAUGUAGCAUGGGUAUACGAAAAGGCCCAAGAGAGGGCCAUGAAGUAUGGAAUCACUUCGGUAACAUAUAGAUUAACACAGGGUGUCUUGAAAAAUAUUAUUCCCGCUGUUGCCAGCACCAAUGCUGCUAUAGCUGCCGCUUGUGCUACCGAGGUUUUUAAACUAGCAUCUUCAUGUUGCAUUAAUAUGAACAACUAUAUGGUGUUAAAUAUGUCUGAUGGUUUGUACACAUAUACUUUUAAUGCGGAAAGAAGACAAGACUGUGUUGCGUGUAGUAAUACUACAAGAACUAUGGAAAUUGACUGUAAUGCCACUCUACAAGCUAUUUAUGAUAAGUUAUGUGAAGAUAGAGGGUAUUUAAUGAAGAGUCCAGGUAUAACAACUGUAAUUAAUGGUCGCAAUAAAACACUUUACAUGUCGUCCAUAAAAAGUAUUGAAGAAAAAACGAGGGACAAUCUUAAGAAGAAAAUAACUGAACUUGGUUUAUACAAUGGAGCAGAAAUCUUAGUUGCAGAUAUAACAACACCAAAUACUCUGACUGUUAAGUUGAAGUUUUCUGAUGUUGAUGUAGAUAUGAAAGGAUAA